AUGCCAUACAAAUCCAGAUGGCCGCUAGCGCCGCCAGCGAUAUCGAUUCCAACCUUUAUGUUCGGAUCAGCGACUUCUAAUAUCGAUCCUGUCGACAAGAUCAUUAUAGAUGCCAAGCGGGCCGAUACACAUUAUCUCACUACCCACUCCUACCGCGAGUGGUCGAAGAGGUUUGCGGCAGGACUAAAGUCGGCUGGACUCGAGGAUGGGGAUCGCAUACUUCUGUGCUCACCCAACAACAUAUUCUAUCCGAUCGUUGUGAUGGGAAGCUUAAUGGCAGAGGCUAUCUUCAACAGUGCGAAUCCAGCCUACACUGCACGAGAACUUUCACAUCAGCUCAAAGACUCGGCCCCACGAUUUGUUCUUGCGGCGGAAAGCUGCAUCGACAGGGCACUGGAAGCGGCUGAGCUUGUCGGAUUCGACAUCAACAGGAUCUUCCUGUUCGGUGAACUACCUAUGGACCAUGAAAAGGAUGUCUUAGGGCCAAUUCGCCAAAGCAAAACCCGGGACUGGAGCAGUCUUGUGGCCAAACCCGAUGUCGGCCGAAGAUUCGUCUGGCAGGAGCGUAACAGCAAGGACUUCUCAGAGCGUACGGCAAUCUUGAUAUACUCUUCGGGCACGACGGGCCUACCAAAGGGUGUUGAGCUAUCCCAUCGCAGUGUCAUCGCAAACAUGCUUCAACUCAAGAUGAUCCAUAUGUCUGAUACGAGUGUUGUUGUGCGACGGACACUUUGUGCAGUCCCGAUGUACCAUGCGCUCGGGUUGUGCUAUUAUACCUUCACCGCGCCCAAAUGGUGCCUGGAGACAUAUCUGAUGGAGCGAUUCAACUUGGCAGAUAUGCUGGACCAUAUACAGAGAUCCAAGAUUACAGAGCUCGUCCUCGUUCCGCCAAUGUUGGUCUCUAUGGCUAAGCACCCUUCAGUCAGGGAUGGCACAUGUGAUAUCAGUAGCAUCAGGAAAGUGGUGGCAGGCGCGGCACCCAUUGGCAUGGAAGUCACUCAGCAAUUCGAGGAGCUCUGGAAUGGGCGACUGAAAGUACGCCAGGCGUGGGGAAUGUCGGAGGCGCCUGCAAUCACCUUGUGCUGGGACGAAAGCCAAAGCUCCGGCCCCUCGUCAAUAUCAAUUGGCGAGCUUGUCCCCGGCGCCGAAGCGAAACUUGUCAAAGAAAACGGAGAAGAGGAGACCCGGCCCGGCGAGACAGGAGAAUUCUGGAUCCGCUCCCCAAACGCCAUGACAGCCUACUGGCGUAAUCCGAAAGCUACCGCGGAAACGAUCAGCAGUGAUGGCUGGUUGAAGACCGGUGACAUUGCAUAUCGGGAUGAGUCCGGAAAAUGGUACAUGGUUGAUCGAAAGAAGGAACUGAUCAAAGUCAAAGGUGUCGCAGUCGCACCUGCGGAGCUCGAGGCUCUUCUCCUUGAGCAUAGCGAGAUUGUUGAUGCUGCGGUGAUUGGGAUCAAGACGGCUACAGAUGAUGAGCAGCCACGCGCUUAUGUUGUGCGGAAGCCAAAUUCACAGAUUUGUGAGAAGGAUGUUGUCGAUUUUGUCAGGCUCCGUGUGUCAACUAUCAAGCAUCUUACGGGUGGCGCCGCCUUCGUUGAUGCAGUCCCUAAGAACCCAGUGAGUCAAUAG